AUUUGUUAUAUCGUUGCUGGAGCUGCAUUCCUCGGCAAGUGAAAGCUGCUUCACAUGUUGUAAGAAUUAUGAAUAUUUGAUAUCCAAUUGACACCAAAAUGCCGGGAGGGGAUUCAAGGAAGGAAUACCUGUUGGCAACAACAGCCAAUUAUUUUGGCGUGCCACCCACUGAUGGCAUCAUCACAACUCUAGGGGAAACCCCGUCGAUGAAUAGUUUCCUUGACGAUGGAAAUGUCUCAGUGUUGGUGGCAAGACCUGAUGCUAGGACAAGUGGGAGACGUUUGCUUUUAUCAAACAAGAUUGAACCUAAUGACCAGAAAGAAAAAGUGAUUGUUUUCUUUAAAAUCCGUCCUGAUGUGAUAACUCCUGAUGACUUACAUACUAACAUCAUUGUAUCUACAAUGGUCGACUCCCCACUCAGCACUCUCUAUCAUGCUGUCCAGAAGAUUUAUGCUCCACUGCUUCUAGAAGAUGGCAAAUGGAGUCGCAAUCUUGACCCGAAGCUACAAAGCCUGAUAAGUGAACUUGAGGCUGGACUGGGGAGUGCCAUUAGGAAGCAGGACGCUUCUUUCACUGGCAAGUCAAAGGAUGGCGACAAUUUGGGAUCUAUCCUGAGUCCAUCGGAUGAAUUCCAGUACUGGGCUGAUCAGGCGAGAAGUAGCGAGCGAGCAGCUAACUUUGUGGACUUGUUCAAGCCAAUCUCUAAGGAGUUUGGCGGACUGGAUGCCAUGGGACUCCAGGAUGUGAUGGAACUGGUGGAAGUCACUCAGGACACACUGGACGAGGUGUGGAAGGGCGAAGACAGGAACCCUUAUCCCGAGGAUAGAAUGAAACACCUCAUGGAGAUCAUAGGUGGCUCCUUGGGUCGGUAUGUCCAGAGAAAGCUAGCGGAAGAAGACAUCUGGCAAGGUGAUUAUGGCCAGGUCAAGGAAUCCCUGCGGUCAGGUGUGGCCAUUUGUGAACGCUUUGUUGGAAUGUGUGAAACCUUGACAACUCAGUUCUGGAAAAACUUCCGACCAAAUCCUUGGAAAGGAGAACGCUACACUCCAGAUAACCUAAAGAAGCUGGCACAGCGAUUAGAAGAGAUUUUGACAUUGAGAAUCGUUCACGAACAGCAGCUACAGCUGUUGAGCUCCCAGGAACAGAAGGAGCUACGUACAACUGAUGCAUUCUCCCCGUUUGUGGGUCUGAACCCUCUACAAUACAACCCCUACACAACACCUCUCUGGAACGCUGCAGUCGCUCAGUAUGACAAAAUCAUGUCUCCAGUGGAGCAGAAAAUCGCAGGCAAACUUAGAAGUCAGGUGAAAGCUCUGGAGGGCUACCCACAACAGCUUUUGAGAGAGUUUCAACGAUAUAAGGAACUCAUCAAACGACCGAAUAUCAACAAAGAAAUGGUGUCCGAAAGAGAGACACUGCUGGGUCAGCUGAAUGUAAACAUAAAGGAGGUGGAGAAUGACUUCCAGAAACGGACUGGGCAGAGGCCAGGAGGCAAGGGGGUACCCAAGGGGAAGAACCUGCCCGAGAUAGUCAACAACAUGGUGUAUGUCAGACAGCUGGAGGCAAAGGUUGAGGAAACUAUUAAAACUGCGGAGACACUGCUAGGGGAUCUGUCUGGGUUCAAGAAGUUCAGGAAGGAUGCACAGGAGCUUCAGGAUGAGUUAUUGAACUGGCGGACAGAGACCUACGACGACUGGACUCGCGACAUGCUUGAUCGCAUCAACGACACCAGGGAACCACUCAGCUUGGAAACUAAUGGUCGACUAAUGGAGUUGAACCACAACACCGGUAAACUACGGGUGAACUACGGCGACCGCCUGGUGACCUUGAUGCGAGAGGUCAGACAGCUUGGUUCCAUGGGAUUCGUCAUCCCUGCCAAGAUCAUGCACGUUUCCAACACGGCACAGAAGUUCUACAGGCAUGGUGUGGUACUCAAACAGGUGGCCCAUUUCUACAACACAAUCGACCAACAGAUGAUCACAAGUCAGCAGGCUAUGAUGCUCAACUCUGCCCUCGCAUUUGAAAAACUCGUCAAAAAUCCAAAGUCUGGGAGUAAGUCUAAGGGAGAGAAUGUGGAGAUUACUUGGGACAAUCCCGAUGAACUUGACCACUACAUCAAGAAGCUGCAGAAGGCAGCGGAGAGACUGACCACUGAGAACCGCCGACUAAGGAAGUCACACAAUACUGUCUGUGACAAGACCCAGCAAAUGAUGGGCAUAGACCUGCUGAGACAACAACAGAAGUGGAAGGAUGGACUGAUGGACAUCCGUCACCUCAUGGCCAACCUCGUCCAACAGGGCUUUUCCUCGGACAACAUGAAGCCAUGGAAGGCCCAUUGGGACCGACAGCUGUACAAAGCUCUGGAACAUCAGUACCAGAUGGGACUGGAGGCUCUCAACGAAAAUCUGCCGGAAAUCAAGGUUGAGCUUACCUUCAGACAACAACAGCUGCAGUUCCGACCUCCAUUUGAGGAAAUCAAGGCCAAAUAUUUCCGAGAGAUGAAGAGAUUCAUUGGCAUCCCUAGCCAUUUUAAGGGUGUAGGGGACGAGGCGGUAAACCUCAUCUUCCCCGCAAUCAUUGACAGGAAUGCUGAAGGUUUCAUCACCUGCUACAGGAAAGCUGAUGUCCUCUUUAAACGUCUGUAUGCCGCUCAGGAGCAAUUCAAGGAGUGGGUUGUCCUAGGGGCCAUAGACCUGGACCAGUUUGUGGAGGAUAACCUAAAGGAAAUCUCCGACUGGGAGAGGAACUUCAAGGGCCUCAAGGCGCGUGGAAGGGAUGCAGAGAAACUCCCACACCAGUUGAAGAUCGACUGUCUGACUGUCAACACCACACCAGUGAAGGCCGUCAUUGAUGACCACAUACAGCGUCUGUUUGAUGCCCUCGUCAACUCACUGCGUAAGGCCAUCGCUCAUGAUGUGACCACCAUUGACACCUUCCUCAAGGGUGCCAUGGAAACGCUUUCAGCCAGACCACAGACGGUAGAGGAGAUCGGGGAAGCUAAUGCGAAGCACGCUGAGUUUGCCAAAGAGCGCAAAGUGGUUCAGCCACUGUUUGAGCGAGCAGACUCCAAGAACAAACUGCUGCGGUCUGUGGCCGGAGGCGGUGUGGAUUCUCUGAACCAGCUACAGGGAUUCUGGGACAAGUUUGAACUCAUGAUGGAGAGCCAUCAGCUGAUGGUCAAGGAACAGGUGGACGUGAUGAAGAGUAACGUUGACUCUCGUGUGAAGGCCUUCACACAGGAAGUGGAGAAGUUUGCUGCUAGGUGGCAUCAGCUGAAGCCAGGGGAUGAUGCACUGGACGGCAACCAGAAGAAGUGCGAAGCCGCUGUGCAGAUCAUCAAAGACAAACGACAGGAAUUCGCCGAACUGGAGAAAAGCAGAGAGUCUCUUGUCAAUGACUGUGAACACUUCGGGAUGGACCUACCAGAGUUGGAGCUUGCAGAUGAGCUCCGAGCAGACAUGGCUCAAUAUGAGAACAUGUGGGGCUUAUAUGAGGAGUUCAAUAAGGGCUUACAAGACCUUGCAAAGGAGGACUGGAUCUCUUUCAGGAGUAGGACAUACAUGUUUGAAGAGUUCCUCGGCAACUGGUACGAGAAACUCAAAACUGACGAGGCAACAACCAUGACUGUCAAGCUUCAGAAAGACAUAGAAAAGUACAAGAACGUGUUGCCAGUCCUGAAGUGGGUGCGUGGCGAGCCUCUGUCCCAAGAUCAUUGGAUGGAGUUGUUCCAAAUGCUUGGCAUGCCCCGUGGCACCACGCUGGAGAAACUGAACUUCGGAACUGUCCUUGGAGCCAGCGACGCCAUCAUCGCCAAUGCUGAUGCUGUCAAGGAACUGAACCAGAGAGCCCAAGGGGAGGUAACUAUAAGGGAGGCCAUCCGCGAGCUUGACUUGUGGGGGGCAGGAGCCAUCUUCACCCUCACAGAGUAUGAGGAUAGCAAUAAAAACAGCAUGAUGCUCAUCAAGGAUUGGAAGGAUCUUGUUAACCAGGUGGGAGACAACCAGGCCCUUCUGCAGUCACUGAAAGACUCGCCCUAUUACAAGAGCUUUGAGGACAAGGCCUCAGUGUGGGAGCAACGUCUGGCAGACCUGGAUGAGUACCUACACAACCUUAACCAGAUCCAGAGGAAGUGGGUCUACCUCGAGCCCAUAUUUGGGCGUGGAGCUCUACCGAAGGAACAAGGGCGCUUCAAGAGAGUGGACGAUGACUUCAGGAACAUCAUGAUGGAUGUGAGAAGAGACAACCGGGUCAUUGCCAUGACACAGAAGGCUGGACUGCGUAACCUACUGACCACUAUGCUUGACCAGUUGCAGAGAUGCCAGAAAUCUCUCAAUGAGUUCCUGGAGGAAAAACGAUCCCUGUUCCCACGAUUUUACUUCAUCGGGGAUGACGAUCUUCUGGAAAUUCUUGGCCAGUCGACGAAUCCCAAUGUGAUCCAGACCCACCUGAAGAAGCUGUUUGCUGGGAUCCACAGUGUGGACUUUGAUGAAAACAAUCAACACAUUCUGGCCAUGAAGUCACUCGAGGGUGAAGUCGUACCGCUGAAGAAAAAAGUCCAAAUCAUGCCGGAGGUGGAGGUGUGGCUGAGUAAACUGGCUGAGGAAAUGAAAGCCACACUACAGGAACAACUCCGCGAAUGUCUACAGGACUCAAAACAGAACCAAGGGGGACUUGACCCCAGCAAGUACCCUUCACAGAUGCUGUGUCUGGCUGAACAGAUCAGGUUUACCGAGGCGUGCGAGCAGGCCAUUAGUAAGGGCAACCUGCCUGGCUAUCAGCGUGAACUAGAGGCUCAGCUGGAGUCGUACACAAGUGUGAACUUGAGUGAGGCCAGCGGGGUCGAGGGUUAUGUCCUUGACCUUAAACUCAAGGCCCUGAUUCUGGACACGAUUCAUGCCAUAGAUGUGGUACAGCAUCUGAUCUCACAGGGCUGUCGUAACGUCCAGGAUUGGAUGUGGAACAAACAACUCAGGUUUUACCUGAAGAGAGACGGUACGUGCGGUAUCAGAAUGGUGGACGCAGAGUUCGACUAUACGUAUGAGUACCAAGGCAACGCCCAGAAGCUUGUACACACCCCUCUCACAGACAAAUGCUACCUCACACUUACCCAGGGUAUGCACAUGGGGUUGGGAGGAAAUCCCUACGGUCCUGCAGGUACAGGUAAAACGGAGUCUGUGAAGGCCAUUGGUGGACUGUUUGGACGACAGGUGCUUGUCUUCAACUGUGACGAGGGUAUUGAUGUGAAGUCAAUGGGCCGUAUCUUCAUUGGUCUGGUGAAGUGUGGUGCUUGGGGAUGUUUUGACGAGUUUAACCGUCUGGAGGAAGCUGUGUUGUCAGCUGUAUCCAUGCAAAUCCAGAUAAUCCAGGACAGCAUUAAGAACAGAGUGCCCUUCGCAGAAUUGCUUGGCAGAAAUGUUGACAUCGAUCACAAUUCUGGCAUCUUCAUCACCAUGAACCCGGCAGGUAAGGGAUACGGAGGCAGACAGAAACUCCCUGACAAUCUCAAACAGCUAUUCCGUCCUGUUGCCAUGUCUAGACCAGACAACGAACAGAUUGCUGAGGUCAUUCUUUUCUCUGAAGGAUUCAAACAGGGCAAGGAGCUUGGACGCAAAUUGGUGGCCAUCUUCAACCUCUCAAAGGAGCUGUUGACACCCCAGCAGCAUUACGACUGGGGACUCCGAGCUCUGAAAACCGUCCUCAGAGGAUGUGGUAACCUUCUGCAGAUGAACAAGAAGAAGGGAACCAAGAUUGAUGCCAAGCUAGAAGCCAAGCUGGUUGUGCAGGCUCUCCGUAUCAACACACUCUCCAAACUCACCUUCUCUGACAGUUCACGCUUCAAUGCCCUCGUGAGUGACGUGUUCCCAGGGAUAGAGUUCAAGGACAUUGAGUAUGAAGAGCUCGCCCAGGCUAUACGCACUGUGUGUGAGGAGAAAAACCUCCGCAUCAAUGAGCUUCAGAUUAAGAAGUCACUGGAGUUGUAUGAACAGCUCAGGCAGAGGACUGGGGUGGUAGUCGUUGGUCCCAGUGGCUCUGGGAAGUCGACUCUGUGGAGAAUCCUGAGACAGGGUAUGCAGAAGAUUGGCAAGGAGGUGAAAACCUACACCAUGAAUCCCAAGGCCAUGCACAGGACACAGCUGCUGGGACAUAUUGACAUGGACACACGAGAGUGGACGGACGGAGUCCUCACCUACAGUGCUAGACAGGUGGUCAAGGAACCCAAAGAAAUCCAAUCUUGGAUCAUCUGUGACGGAGACAUCGACCCAGAGUGGAUUGAGUCCUUGAAUUCUGUCCUUGACGACAACAGACUGCUCACCAUGCCCUCUGGUGAGAGAAUCCAGUUUGGUCCCAAUGUCAACUUCCUGUUUGAGACCCAUGACCUCAGCUGUGCCUCCCCAGCUACGAUCUCCAGAAUGGGAAUGAUCUUCCUCAGUGACGAGGACACAGACAUGAAGGCACUGGUCAGUUCGUGGCUGAGCUCACAACCUGAGCACGAGCAGCACAUCCUGUCCGGCUGGAUAGAGGAUCACUUCUAUAAAGCUGUGGAAUGGGUCCUCCGUAUUAACGAUUACUUGGUGGAGACGAGUCGGAUAGGUGUUGUCCUCAACGGUCUGUCGCAUCUCCACAAUGUCAGGAACAAAGCUCACUUUGCUGUCUGUCUCAUCCACGGACUUGGCGGCAACCUCAACGAGGGAAGCAGGGAAACUUUUGCCAAAGAGGUAUUUUCAUGGACGCAAGAGGCCCCGCCUGACUCACGACGACCCCUGGACACGUACUACGAUGAGAAUAUGGGUCGCCUGAUGACCUACAGUAUGGAGACCUCCGGCGAUCUGUCUGCAGACAACUUCACAGUUAGCUCCGGCUCGUUACCAGUGAUACGUACCGGGGAUGUACAGCGAGGACUUGACUACUUCAUGCCCUGGCUUCAACAGGACAACAAACACCCCUUCAUCCUGGUCGGACCCGAGGGCUGUGGAAAAGGGAUGUUGCUGCGGUACUGCUUUGACCAGCUGCGGUCAACACAGGUAGCCACUGUCCACUGCAGCGCUCAGACCAACCCUACCCACGUCCUACAGAAACUCAACCAGUCCUGUAUGGUCCUGAACACCAACACCGGCCGUGUGUACCGACCCAAGGACUGCGAACGUCUCAUCCUCUACCUCAAGGACAUCAAUCUUCCCAAACCUGACAAAUGGGGCACAUGUCAGCUCAUCGCCUUCCUACAGCAGGUGGUCACUUACAACGGUUUCUACGACUCUAACCUGGAGUGGGUCGGACUAGAGGGAGUUCAGAUUGUUGCUAGUAUGAAUGCUGGAACUGGACUGGGAAGGCAUAAACUGACCACAAGAUUCACCUCAGUUGUCAGGAUAUCCUGUAUAGGUUACCCUGACCAUGAACAACUACAGACGAUCUACUCGGCCUACCUACAGCCGAUCAUCCAGAGGCAGUUGUCACGCCAUCCUGUGUGGGGUAAUACGUCCAAGGUCCACGCCCUGGCUGGCUCCAUGGUCCAGCUUUAUGAACAGUUACGAGCACGCUUUACUGUGGACGACUAUAGCCACUACCUAUUCACUCCCCGGGACCUGACCAAGUGGUGUCUCAACUUCCUACGCUAUGAUCUCGCUGCCGGAGCUAAAGAAGGAUCCAGUGACCAUGUCCUCCAUAUAUGGGCAUAUGAGGCUAGGCGAUUAUUCCGUGACAGAAUUGUCGGUACCGAAGGACUUAACAAGUUUGACAGUAUACUCAUGUCUACCAUCAGAGCGGACUGGUCUGCUAAUAUCUUUGAUGUAUUGGAAGAUGAGUUUUUCGUGACGUGGGGAGCAAGAUCGGAAUCUGGGGCUCCAGCUGUUGCGGCAGGGGCACCACUUCCACCUAACGGCAAACCACUGGGGAAGCUGGGUGUCGACGACCUCACUGCAGUCAUAGAACGGGGACUUAAACUGUAUAGCAGGGAAAAUAGAGAUCUGGAUAUUUUGAUUUUCAAAGAAGUGUUGGAUCACAUGGCACGAGUUGAUCGUGUGCUGACUGGCCCCGGGGGAUCCCUCCUCUUAGCCGGCCGGAGUGGUGUUGGGCGACGGACAGCAGUCACGCUGGUAGCACACAUGCACCAAAUGACCCUGCAUUCACCCAAGGUGUCUCGAGGAUAUGGACUGAAACACUUCAAAAAUGACCUCAAAACAGUGAUGCAGCAGGCUGGUAUGGAGGAUGAACAGGUUGUUCUGUUGUUAGAAGACCACCAGUUUAUAGAGCCACAGUUCCUGGAAAUGAUCAACAGUCUGCUGUCGUCGGGGGAGGUACCGGGACUCUACAUGCCCGAGGAACUCGAGCCCCUCUUGUCCCCACUCCGGGACAUGGCCUCAGAGGUCGGCUUCAGGGGCACUCUUGUCAAUUUCUUUGCCUCAAGAAUCAAAACCAACCUGCACAUAGCCUUAGUCAUGGAUUGUACUAACAGUCGGUUCACAAUGAACUGUGAGAGUAACCCUGCCUUCUACAAGGAGUGUGCUGUACAGUGGAUGGAGAACUGGAGUAGGGACAGCAUGGUCAAGGUACCAUAUAUGCUGCUGACGAAACCUCCCAAGAUAGAGGGCGCCAGCAUUGGUGAGAAAAAGACGCACAAACGCAAGCUCUCCGGAGGAGAGGACCUGCUGAAGUGUUUCCUACAUGUCCACGAAUCGUGUGCGGCGGCUAACAUGGGGGCCACACCAAGGCGCUACAUAUCCUUCCUGAAUACCUACCAGAAAGUCUAUGGUGACAAGAAGGCAGGCAUAGAGAGGAAACAACACCAUCUUCAGGCGGGCGUGUCCAAGCUUAACGAGGCCAAACAGUUGGUGGACGAGUUGAAGAGGAAGGCUGCCGAACAGAGUAUACUUCUGGCCGAGAAACAGUCCGAGGCUGACUCGGCUCUCCGUGAAAUCACCGUCAGCAUGCAGAAUGCCAGCGACCAGAAGAAUGAAAUGGAGGUCCUGAAACAGCAAGCAGCCGAGGAGGACAAGGUCCUACAGAAACGUAAGAAAGCCAUCGACAUUGAGCUCCAGGAGGUUGAACCACUAGUCCAGGCUGCCAAGAAAGCUGUCGGAAACAUAAAAACAGAAUCACUUUCCGAGAUUCGAUCUCUCAGAGCUCCGCCAGAUGUGAUCCGCGAUAUUUUGGAGGGAGUGCUUCGACUCAUGGGCAUAUUUGACACCUCCUGGGUCAGCAUGAAGAGUUUCCUGGCCAAACGUGGAAUCAAGGAGGACAUCCAGACAUUUGAUGCUCGUAAAAUUAACCCUGAUAUUAGGAAAAGCGUGGAGGAACUCAUCCGGAAAUGCAAAGACUCGUUUGAGCCAAAGAGCGCCAGGCGUGCAUCCAUAGCAGCCGAACCCCUGGCCGCGUGGGUGAAGGCAAACGUCCAGUUCUCCUAUGUUCUUGAGAGAAUUGAGCCAUUGGAAAAGGAACAGAAUGAACUGCUCAAGAACCUACAGAAGGCUGAAGCGCGGAUGGAGAAGCUGAAGCGUGCCCUUGACGAGGUCGACAACAAGGUGGCACAGCUUAGGAACAGGUUUGAAAACCUUACAAAGGAAGCCGCUGAGCUGAAGAUCAAGCUUGACAGGGAAAACGAGACAAUUCAGGCGGCAGAAACUCUUGUCACCAAACUGGAGGGGGAGUACCAGAGGUGGAGCAGUCAGGUAGGAGAGCUUACGGCCGAGAUUAAGGAGCUGCCAAAGCGCACCCUGGUGGCAGCAGCCUUCAUCACAUACCUUGCACAGGCCCCAGAGGACGUUCGACGAAACUGUAUCAACACCUGGCUCGAGUCCAUGGGAGUCAGUAGGUUUGAUUUCCGUCGCUUCCUCAGCACGGAAAGUGAACAGCUGAUCUGGAAAUCCGAGGGACUUCCAUCCGACACAUUAUCCAUGGAGAAUGCUCUCGUCAUCUUACAGAUGAAUGAGAUACCAGCUGGGAGUGCCUUGCGACCAUUCCUGGUUGAUCCGUCAUCAAGGGCAACAGAGUGGCUGAAAACACAUCUCAAAGAGAACCGUCUCGAAGUUAUCAACCAACAAGAUGCAAAUUUCUCCACGUCUCUGGAGCUGGCUGUGCGGUUUGGUAAAACCCUCAUCAUACAGGAGGUGGACGGAGUAGAGCCAGUACUCUAUCCCCUACUCAGAGGAGAUCUCAUGGCUCAAGGACCAAGAUAUGUUGUGCAGAUAGGAGAGAAGACCAUUGACUACAACGAGGAGUUCCGUCUGUUCCUGACAACUCGUAAUCCUGCUCCGGAGAUUCCCCCAGACGCAUUCUCCAUCAUCACUGAAGUAAACUUCACCACCACCAGGGCUGGACUCACUGGACAGUUGCUGGCUAACACCAUCCAGAAUGAGAAGCCAGAACUAGAAGUGAGGAAGACGGAACUGUUAAAGACAGAGGAGGACCUAAAGAUCCAACUGGCCAAACUGGAGGAGUCACUGCUAGAGGAGCUGGCAAAUGCCAAGGGUAACAUCCUAGAGAACAAAGAACUACUGGACUCCCUGAAUAUGACCAAAGCCAGCAGUAUAACCAUCACCGACUCCCUCACAGAGUCUGUACGACUCCAGGCCUCCCUCGAUCAGGAGAGAAAUACUUACCUACCAUUGGCAGAAAAUGGCAGCACCCUGUACUUUGUCAUCAGCGACCUCGCCAAGAUCAACAACAUGUACCGAUUCAGUCUGGCAGCGUUUUUGCGACUGUUCUCUCGUGCUCUCAGCUCCAAACAGGAUGGAAGUGGGACGGACCAUCGUAUACAGAAGCUGAGACAGCAGCUGCAACAGCUUGUUUACGAGUACGUUUGUCGCUCCAUCUUCAAAAACGACCGUCUCAUGUUCGCCAUGCACAUGGUCCACGGGAUGAGACCAGACCUCUUCCAGGAAAAUGAGUGGGAACUGUUCACAGGAAUGUUGGUGGGUGAAUCAGAUUCUCAGCGAGGACCGAGCUGGGUCGACCCAGAACGCAUGCCCGCAAUGGCCAGUCUAAAGUCCAAUUUGCCAAAACUUUAUCAGCAGUUCAACUUUGACGAUUCGUCAAUGUGGUCGAGUUUCUCCCGCAGCAGUGAGUGUGAGACCGAGUUCCCGUCCGUGAUUGAGAAGAAGACAACCCUGUUCCAGCAGUUAUUGGCGGUACAGACCGUCAGGCCAGACCGACUACAGACAGCUAUGGGAUUGUUUGCCUGCAAAGCUCUAGCCAUGAAGGAGCUGUCUGCACCGUCUGUCAAUCUGAAGAAGCUGUUUGAGACGGAGACAAUGGCAGAGGAACCAAUCCUCAUAGUUAUCUCCCCUGGUGCUGACCCCUCACAGGAACUACAGGAGCUGGCCGCUGAGGUCAUAGGCCAUGAAAAGUACCACCAGGUUGCCAUGGGUCAAGGUCAAGCGGACAUUGCCAUGCAGUUACUGCGGGAUUGUUCUCAAAAUGGGGAAUGGCUGUGUCUGAAGAAUCUCCACUUGGUUACCGCCUGGUUACCACAGCUAGAAAAGGAGAUUAACACACUGAAGCCUCAUGCUGACUUCCGUCUGUGGAUGACAGCAGAGGUACAUCCCAAGUUCCCCACCAUCUUACUACAGAGCAGUCUCAAGAUUACAUAUGAGUCCCCGCCGGGCGUGAAGAGGAACCUGUACCGCUCGUUUGAGACCUGGAGUCCGGAGUACUUCAGUAAGACUGGCAGUGUGAUCCGCUCCCAGGCCUUGUUUGCUCUCGCUUGGUUCCACGCUAUCAUGCAGGAGCGACGAGUCUUCAUUCCACAGGGUUGGACCAAGUUUUACGAGUUUUCUCUGUCAGAUCUCCGAGCCGGAGCAGACAUCAUUGAUCGACACUGUAAAGGCAGUCAAGAUGUCCAGUGGCAGUUUAUCCAUGGCCUGUUUGAGUUUGCGAUCUACGGCGGGCGUGUGGACAACACGUUUGACUUGCGAGUGAUGGUGUCCUACCUGAAACAGUUCUUUGAUGCAAACACACUGUCGCCCCAGAACAGGAAUAAACGACUUGGUCCGAUCCGCCUCCCGAACUCCACAAACAUAUCCGAUUUCACUGCUGCAAUUGCUGAGCUGCCGGAGUUUGACAACCCGUCCUACUUUGGUCUCCCAGCCAAUAUUGACCGGUCAGCCCAGCGGAUGGUCAGCUCACAGGUCAUCUCCCAGCUCAAGGUCCUGCAGCGUGCCAAUGUCAAGGCCAGCAGGUUUGACAAGGAGGUUUGGGCCAAUGAGCUCAGCCCGAUUCUCAACCUCUGGAAGACUCUUAACAAGGGCUCCCAGAUCAUCCAGAUGAGAAUUAGUCCACCGGUGGCCAAGUCUGGACAGGAUUCUCCAAUCCUGUCCUUCAUCGCCUUGGAGCGUUACAAUGCAGUGAAGCUCGUCCAGAAGAUCCACCACUCUCUCGCCUCGCUGAGUAAGGUGAUCAGGGGCAGUCAACUUCUGACCAGUGAGGUCCAGGGACUGGCCGCAGCCCUUCUCAACCAGGAGACUCCAUUGAACUGGCUGUCUAAGUGGGACGGACCGGAGGACCCCAUCAUAUACCUCCGUGGUCUGGUCGCUAGGGCAACUGCCAUUCAGAAAUGGGUUGACAAGGCAGAGAAUGGAAACCUACUAAGGGAACAAUUAGAUCUGUCGGAACUUUUCCAUCCCGACACGUUCCUUAAUGCUCUCCGUCAACAAACAGCAAGAGAGAUGGGCUGCUCCAUGGACGGUCUCAAGUUUGCUAGUACCUGGAAGAGCUCUAUCCAGGGGGCCCGUACAGUCGUCAAACUAGGCGGACUACAGAUAGAGGGAUGCAACUUUGACGGGUCCAGACUGUCUGAAAACCAGCGAGACUCACCCAGCGUGUCUGGUAUACCUCCCUGUGUGGUAGCCUGGGUACCAAAGGAUGCCCCGUCCCCGUACGGCCUGGAUGAUGUGAUCACCAUCCCGAUCUACUACAGUGCAGAGCGGGAUCGGAUCGUAACGAGGCUUGAGGUCCCAUGUGGGGGCAACCAGAGCAAUUGGCUACAGUGUGGUGCUGCCCUCUUCCUCCGCAGUCAGUGAUAAAGGCUGUGCUAGUGUGAUCAAAUUUUAUCAUGAUUUGAUAAAAAAAAAAAAACUUACUUGUGCUAUUAAAAUUUUCAGUGUUCUGUGAGGUAGUGCAUUGUCAUCGUAAAUAUUUGUUUUGCUUGAUUUUGUCAUUCUGACAAAAGGGACAUUCAUUUCACUGGCUAUAAAAUGAAGUCAGUUUGAGCAUGUGUAACGUUCUUCUGGUAUGAAAACCAGUCAUUUAGCUCAAAAUAAACUAUGUUCUUAAAAACAAAUACAUGUUUACUGUUAAAACAGAGUUUUGAAUAUAUUAUUGAUUUAUUUUUACACUUUAUGGUAUAGUUUGCUCCACAUAUGAAAACCAUGUUGUUAAAAAUUAUCAAAGAUGUCAAAGACAUUUUAACCAUGUAGUAAUUUAUUCCAAGGAUUAUUUAUUUUUGUUAUGAGAAAACAUUUUUUGUUGAUAUUUGACUUACGUUGAAUAAUCUGUGAUAAAUUAAACAAAUUGAAAUACCAUACUGAUUUAUGUCAUUUCCGUCCAUUUCGUAUGAAAUUGUGAAUGUUGAGAGUCAAAGAUUCUGUAAUAAAAUAUCAUGAAAUUAUA